AUGCUAAGCAGCCCCAAGAUCUUCGCCAUGUGCAUCGCCGGCAUGACUCUCUCCAGCGGGGUGAACGCUGAGAAGCAGGUGGCCGAGACCUUCGGUAUGCUCGGCCUUCAUGGUCUUCAUGGUCUUCAUGGUCUGCAUGGAGGUGUCGGCGUGGGAGGCGUCGGUGUAGGCUUGGGAGGCGUCGGCGUCGGAGUGGGCCCUGGCGUGUAUGGCCCUGGCGUCGUCUCCCCAGGCGUCAGCGUCGGCCUCCCCAGUGUGGGCGUUGGCCUUCCCAGUGUGGGCGUUGGUGGUCCCGUUGUUGGAGGGCCCGUUGUAGGCGGUGGCCCCGCUGUCGUUGGUCCCGCAGUCGGUGGCGCACCUGCGAAUGCCAUCUCCAACGCCAAUGCUGGUGCCAACGCCAACGCUAACGCCGCGCCACCUGCAAACGCCGUGCCCAACGCUAACGCCGGAUCUCCCGCCAACACCGUGUCCAACGCUAACGCCGGAGCACCUUCUAACGCGGUCUCCAAUGCCAACGCCGGGUCUCCAGCCAACGCGGUUUCGAACGCCAAUGCUAAUGCAAACGCUGGAGCACCUGCCACAGUCAGCGCAAAUGCCAAUGCAAAUGCCAACGCCGAUGCUGGUGCCGGCGGCAACGGUGCCACGGUUACCAAGACGGUCACGUCGACGAGCAACGGCGGAACCGCUACUGCGACCACGUCGAAGACCAGUGGCGGCGCUUCGGUGAGUGCGACUGCGACUGCGAAUCGCAAGCUUCGCUCGGUGGAAUGA